GAAUAGUUACUGAACACACAUGGCUCUGGAGAUAGCACUGUCCCUGUCCCUGUGUUAGGGGGAAGGUCUGUUCACGCUCUCGUGGCAAAUCCAGAGUCCUGCUUCAGUGAACCACUCUGAUGCUCUUCUUAUUCGGAGCCCUGUGUAUGACCCCCUCCCGGAACAUGUUUAAGAUCUUCUUUUACACAGUCGUGUUGACACUCGGUGAUGUAGCUGGGUAUACGGCUUUUCAGAUUUGUUGUGCUAUGUAUGUUGUGGACCCUUUGAGGACUAGAUUUUUACAGUUGACCAUAUCGAUAAUUUGUGUACAUCUUUGUUUCCAUAAGUGUCUCUUCAUUAAUCUUGAAGCACCACUUCCUUCAAGCUUCCCUCUUCCUAAAAAAACCAGUGAUGUCUCUGUGCAGUCAGAUCUCAACCCAGCUUUCCCAGAUGAACAUCCGACCGGCAGAGUUUGUGUUUUUGCAGAGCUGACUAGAUUGCAUGGACCAUGGAUAUUUACUUCAGUUGGAGACAUCUGUCCCAGGUGGUGGGCAAUAAAAGAAUGAGGAUGACUUCAAGUUUCCAAUGGCUCUUAUCAACAUUUAUUCUUCUGUACCUAAUGAAUGAAGUAAAUAGCCAGAAAAAGGGGGCACUUCGUGAUCUGAAGUGUGUAACUAACAAUUUGCAAGAGUGGGACUGUUCCUGGAAAGCACCCCUAGGAGCUGGCCGCGGUACUGUUUAUGAAGUGUGCAUUGAAGACAGACCCCGUUCUUGUUAUCGAUUAGAGAAAACAAACAUUAAAAUCUCCGCUCUUUCACCUGGUGAUCAUGAAAUAAGAAUAAAUUCUCUACAUGAUUUGCAAAGUUCUGUGAGCAAAUUCAUAUUAAACGAAAGAAAUGUUUCCUUAGUUCCAGACACUCCCAAGAUCUUGAACCUGUCUGCUGAUUUCUCAACAUCUACGUUGCACCUCACGUGGAAUGACAAGGGUUCUCUUUUUCCACAUCACUCGAAUGUCAUCUGGGAAAUUAAAAUUCUACGUAAAGAGAGUAUGGAGCUUGUAAAAUUAGCAACAUACAACACAACCCUGAGUGGUAAAGAUGCUAUUCGUCACUGGAGCUGGACCUCAGACAUGCCCUUGGAGUGUGCCACCCAUCAUGUGGGAAUCAGACGCUACAUCGACUGUCCUCAUUUCUCUGGUCGCAAAGAAUGGAGUGACUGGAGCCCAAUGAAGAACAUCUCUUGGACUCCUGAUUCUCAGACCAAGGUUUUCCCUCAAGACAAAGUGAUACUUGUAGGCUCAGACAUAACAUUUUGUUGUGUCAGUCAAGAGAAAGUGUUAUUCGCACAGAUUGGUCAUAAAAACUGUCCCCUUAUCCAACUCGAUGGAGGAAAUGUUGCAAUUGAGAUCCAUAAUAUUUCUGUUUCUGCAAAUAGUGGAACAAAUGUGGUUUUCACGACAGAAGAUAACAUGUUUGGAACAGUUGUUUUUGCAGGAUAUCCACCUGAUAGUCCUCAAAAACUGAAUUGUGAGACACAUGAUUUAAAAGAGAUCAUAUGUAGUUGGAAUCCAGGAAGACCGACAGCGUUGGUGGGCCCACGAAAUACAAGUUACACUUUAUUUGAAAGUUUUUCAGGAAAAUAUGUUAAAUUUAAAAGAGUUGAAGCACUUACAAAUGAAAGCUAUCAGUUACUCUUCCAAAUGCUUCCAAAUCAAGAAAUGUAUAAUUUUACUCUGAAUGCUCGCAAUCCUCUGGGGCGAUCGGCAUCAACAAUAUUAGUUAACAUAACUGAAAGAGUUUCUCCCCAUGCUCCAACUUCAUUCAAAGUGAAGGAUAUUAAUUCAACAGCUGUUACACUUUCUUGGCAUUUACCAGGCAACUUUGCAAAGAUUUAUCUGUUAUGUGAAAUUGAAAUUAAUAAAGCUAAUUCAAUACAAGAAUCGCGGAAUGUCACAGUCAAAGGAGUAGAAAAUUCAAGUUAUCUGGUUGCUGUGGACAAAUUAAAUCCAUAUACCAUAUAUACUUUUCGGAUUCGUUGUUCUACUGAAACUUUCUGGAAAUGGAGCAAAUGGAGCAAUGAGAGAAAACAUUUAACCACAGAAGCCAUUCCUUCAAAGGGACCAGAUACUUGGAGAGAGUGGAGUUCUGAUGGAAAAAAUCUAAUAAUCUACUGGAAGCCUUUACCCAUUAAUGAAGCUAAUGGAAAAAUACUUUCCUAUAAUGUAUCUUGUUCGUCAAAUGAGGAAACACAAUCCCUUUCUGAGAUCCCCGAUCCUCAACACAAAGCAGAAAUACAACUCGAUAAAAAUGACUACAUCAUCAGUGUGGUGGCAAAAAAUUCUGUCGGCUCAUCUCCACCUUCUAAAAUCGCUAGUAUGGAGAUCCCAAAUGAUGAUCUCAAAGUAGAGCAGGCUGUUGGAAUAGGAAAGAAGAUUCUCCUCACCUGGCAUCACGACCCCAAUAUGACUUGCGACUAUGUUAUUAAAUGGUGUAACUCUUCUCGGUCAGAUCCCUGCCUUAUGGACUGGAAAAAGGUUCCUUCAAACACCACUGAGACUGUAAUUGAAUCUGAUCAGUUUCGACCUGGUAUAAGAUAUAAUUUUUUCCUGUAUGGGUGCAGAAAUCAAGGAUAUCAGUUAUUACGUUCCAUAACUGGAUAUAUAGAAGAAUUGGCUCCAAUUGUUGCACCAAAUUUUACUGUGGAAGAUACGUCUGCAGAUUCCAUAUUAGUAAAAUGGGAAGACAUUCCUGUGGAAGAGCUUAGAGGCUUUUUAAGAGGGUAUUUAUUUUACUUUGAAAAAGGAGAAAGAGACACAUCUAAGAUGAGGGGUUUGGAAUCAGGGCGGUCUGACAUAAAAGUUAAGAAUAUUACUGACAUAUCCCAGAAGACACUGAGAAUUGCUGAUCUUCAAGGUAAAACAAGUUAUCACCUGGUACUUCGAGCCUAUACAGAUGGUGGCAUGGGCCCAGAGAAGAGCAUGUUUGUGGUGACAAAGGAAAAUUCUGUGGGACUGAUCAUCGCCAUCCUCAUCCCAGUGGCGGUGGCUGUUCUCGUCGGCGUAGUCACAAGCAUCCUUUGCUAUCGGAAAAGAGAGUGGAUUAAAGAAACCUUCUACCCUGAUAUCCCAAAUCCAGAAAAUUGUAAAGCAUUGCAGUUUCAAAAGAGUGUCUGUGAGGGAAGCAGUGCUCUUAAAACAUUGGAAAUGAAUCCUUGUACCCCAAACAAUGUUGAGGUUCUGGAGACCCGAUCAACGGUUCCUAAAAUAGAAGAUACAGAAAUCAUUUCUCCAGUAGCCGAGCGUCCUGAAGGUCACUCUGAGGUGGAACCUGAAAACCAUGUGGUGGUGUCCUACUGUCCUCCCAUCAUCGAGGAGGAGCUGCCAAACCCUGCAGUGGACGAGGCCGGAGGGACGGCACAAGUCGUUUACAUUGACGUUCAGUCCAUGUACCAGCCUCAGGCCAAACCAGAGGAGGAACAAGACAGUGACCCCGUGGUGGGAGCAGGCUAUAAGCCACAAAUGCGCCUCCCCAUUAACUCUGCUGCAGAGGCGACAGCUGCCGGAGAUGACAUGGAUAAGACUGCAGGCUACAGGCCUCAGGCCAAUGUAAACACGUGGCAUUUGGUCUCCCCAGACUCCCCUCGAUCCACAGACAGCAACAGUGAAAUCGUCUCUUUCGGAAGUCCGUGCUCCAUCAAUUCCCGACAAUUUUUGAUUCCCCCUAAAGAGGAAGAUUCUCCGAAAUCUAAUGGAGGAGGGUGGUCCUUUACAAACUUUUUUCAGAACAAACCAAAUGAUUAACGGUGUCACCUGUCACUUCAGUCUACCAUCUCAAUAAGCUCUUCUGCUGGCGUUUGCCUCAGCAGCGCUGGGUUUUCUUGGAGGGACCUGUGAAGCUUUGGAGCCAGGCGAACUUCAUCACGUGCAAGUCACACUCGGAGUGCUCGUGUGCUUUUGAUGUCGUCCAAAAGCCAAAGUAUGUGACUCGGAAUCCUCAACCCACGACACUCAAGAUUCAGAGCUAUUGGCGUUUGAGCCAAAGAAUUCUCCUUCAAGAAGCAUUUAUUUCCAGGCGAUUGCUGUAUGCAGAACAAAUCCCACAGCACCUGUUUUCUGUCGUUAAUGGUUUUCUUGUAUGUAUACUGAUGGAAUUGCAAGGGGAUUUGCAGGCAAGGGAGAAAAAUGUCAAAGUCACAUAAUGUUUAUUGGCCUGACAUUUGCUCCAUUCUAAAGGACAACCAAGCACAUGUUUUUAAACUUUUAAGAUGAUUCUCCUCUAUCCACAUCAUUUACAAAAGUUAAUAUGAUUUUUAAUGUAGCAACAGCUAUUUAGUGUUCUGUUUGAUAAAGUGUGCUGAUUUCUGUGCCUACUGUAUAAUGGUUAUCAAAGUUAUCUCAGGGGUGCAAACUUGGAAAAUAAGUGUGACACUGACCAGCCCAAAUCAGAAUCAUAUUUUCUUGCUUUGGUGGGUUUUUCAAACCUUUCCAUUGUUAUUUUAUCUGGUUUUUUUUUUUUUUUUUUUUUUAGCUUUUAUGCUAGCUUCUGUUAUUGCAGUUGGUUGCCCUAAUAUUUGAAACUUAAAUUUCUAGGCCUAUAGAUCCAAGUGUUUUUUUUUUUUUUAAUCCAUUUUAUUUUGUCAUACAGUGUCAGCUUUAUAUGAGUAAAUUCAAUGUUAUUCAUAAGCAUAUAAUUCCAAUGAUUUACUAUGUGAGAUGACUACUAAGCAAUAUCUAGCAGCAUUAGCUGGCCAUGUAGCUUUGAUUGACUUUGGUUCCCCCUAAGCAGAACAGGCCGUUGAACCUAGUCAUCAGGCAGUGGUGUUCUUUGACACCUCCCAGUACGAUUUUCUCCCACCCGCACCCCCUAAGUCGUAUCUCUUGCCCCUUGAAAGCAGUUAUCAGUCCAGACUAUCAGAUCUAGUCCUUAAGUUAUUAAGCUUAAAACUAAAGUGAGAAUGCUUCUUUCAGGAACAGUUAAGGGCUAUUUCAUGUGGAAGGUCGUAAAGUCUAUUUGAAUCAGUUCAGCUACCUACAGCCCGGGUGCAGCCGUCGCUCCGAGAUCCUUGCAGAGGCGUGGCUUGAGCUGGGUGUGCUCUGACCAUCCCGUGUGUUCCUAGCACAGCAGAGUGCAAAGCGAAAAAGCCCAUCAGGUGUUUUCCCUGCCCUCCGGUUGUCUAUGUAUUUUGUCCUUUGAUAGUUGAAGCAAAAGUACUUGAAGAUUGAGACAUCUGAUUUAGUUAAGAUAGGCUUGUUGUGUAUCAUCUGAAGUUCUGUAAUGUAUACUCAAAUAAUGGAACAAUUAUUAUUAGUUGUAACUCUUAUUGUAUCUUCUUUAAAACCAUGUUGUGGAGAAAGAACAACAGGGUGACAAGGGACAAAAUCUACUUAGGUACUCAGUGUGUGAAUCCUUAUUUUAACUGCUAGAAUUAAACUAAAUUCUGAACUUCUCGAUAUGUGGAAUGAAAUAUAAGUAAUUAUGCACAUGUGUAGUGUAUUGAAACUACAUAAUAGCUCAUAGAAAUUUUUAGUAAUGAAAAAUAUACCAAACCAGAGCCAUCCCUAAAAGAGUUUUCUCUCUUCCUUUGUGUCCUCUUUGGCUCCUUCCUAUAGCUCCUGCCUCUCCUGUCCCCUCCAGAGCUUGUUAUCACCCUACUCCACUUGCCCUCAACUCGUGCUAUGUCCCUGCUAAAGCUCUCCAGUCCUGCGUUCCAUCCUUGUAGGACAAGGAUGAAGGCUUGUUGGUCUCAACCACACUAACCUGAGAACACAGAAAGGUCAGGAGAGUGGGACCUGUCCUGGAGAGGCGUGCCUUCCAUCUGCACCCUUUCUAUUCUGUCUCACCUCACGUGUGUGGCAGAUGCCAAAUACCAUUAGGCUCUCGAGUCCAGGACUUCACUGUAUAAGUUGACUUGUACAUACAUGUAUGAAAACUGUACAGUCAGUGCUAGGCCCAUGCUGUGUGUGAAAGGUAGUCCAAUAGUGACCAUGCUCUGUCCAGUCAGAUUAGUUACUUCUCCCGUGGGGAAGGUUAAGAACUAGUUAGGGGAAGCUACAUGUGGUUCUUCCAGUUCUUCUUGACAGGGGAAAAAAGAGCAGGAAGGUUCUCUGUCCUAACAAAAGUUCAGUUAUCAGUUAGAAAAUUCUAAAUAUCUAAUCUAGAAACACGUUCCAUUACCUCUGUGGAACAGAACUACUAUAGGACACAUUGUCAGCUCUUAAAAGCCAACUUCAAAUGAAGCUUUCCUGUGAGUGGUGGAGAUUCUGGGGUUCAUUAUAACUUUUGUUUCUUUCAUGAGUGGCCAUUUUAAAUUACAUUUAAUGUAAGAAUAUUCUUGGACACUGAACUAGACCUUUGACGUUGAUGGACCAUGUGAAUGAUAUGUUGCAGGGAUUAGCUUACAUGUGCCAUCUAAGUCAUCAGCUUCUGCACCUGUGAGCCCUGGACCUGGGAUGGUGGCCCGUGAGUGUCUGCAUAGUUGAGUUGUGUGUUUCUGGGCCGUGUGAUAGAGGUGCUUUGUUCCUGCAGCUGGAAACAGAAGCAGCCAUUCAUUGAAAAGUUAAAGGGGGAAGUCUCAGCCUCAUUUUCCACACCAGCAUUACUUUCACGGCUCAUGGAUCUGAAGGAUUGCAUUUAGAAUGUGUAGCACUGUUGCACUCGGAAACUGUGGUAAAAAGUCACAUUCUCAAAACUUGAUGCAAAUUGUAUUCUUGUUGGGAAUCAGUACUGCAAUUUCUUAAUCACCUUCACACUGUCCAUAUUUAAAGUUGCAGUAUGUGCAUAAUUAAGUGGAGUUUAGUGAAGGAAACGAGAGACUGUUUUCUUCCAAAGAGAAUUGGAAAUCAAUCUUAGGGUAUUUUGAAAUUAAAGUAUCCUUUAACUUGUCAUUAUUCAAAAAGUGUUAACUCGAAGUUUUCUACUGCUCAGGCACAUAAUCUGAAAAAACUUUUUUGUUUAUCCACACUAGGGUAAUUUUUGCUGUUUUCCUGUUUUGAACUAUGUUAAAAUUUGUAUGCUGUUUAUGACAUGCCCUCUUCAUUUCAAAGUGUAAAAUUGGGCCCCUGAGGUGUAAAACAUGGGAAAAAUCAUUAGCCUCCAAGACUAGGCACAUAGCAAGAGUUCAGUGACUCAUAUUUUGUUGAUGAGCCCUCUCCCUGAGUGUUGCAAAUUCAACAGGGUUCUGCCGAAGAGUAGUGUAUAUCAGAAUCUAACUGUGUGGAUCUAAAACAGUUGGCUCAGAGAUUUCAAUCUACUGUAAAAGUGUGUGCAGGCUUUGAGGAAAAACUUGGGAAAGACUCAUGCAUACAUGUCACUAGAUAGCUUAUUCAUAAUUUUAACUCUUCAAGGUCUGCUUUUAUUUGAGGGGUACACAGUUCGGGACAUGUUUGUACCAACUCAGCAUGUGUCCUGACAGACAGACAACAUUGUACCUGAGAGCUUAGACAUUAAUACAUGAACUCAUUUUCUUGAUAAAAUAUUUCUUCAGAGCAUUUCUUUUAAACUGAUAUUUUCUGCCAAAAUAUUCAUAGUGUCAGACGUUUGUGAUCUUUUGUAUCCUAAUUUUCUUCUAAAUUUUUUUUUUUUACAGAAGAAAGUGACUUGUGGCCAAAUUUUCAGGACACUUGUCUUUUAGACGUAGCCUAAAUUCAUUGGAAAUCACUUGGUUCGAAUUAGAUUUAUUUAUAUCUUCAUGGAUUACAUGCCAGCCCUAUUAAUAAUAUUUAAGCCUCCUGUUUUGCCAGGGUGUUUAGAUUUUUAUUUCUUUUCAGUAAGUUCUUUUGUCUUAACCAUUACAUGAUUGUGUUCCUGCUCAUUAUUUCUCAUACCAGUGUAGGUGAUUUAAAACAAUGUUCAAUUAAUUGGCUAACAUUGUCAGGGGAUUGUAUAUGGUAGUUUCAAGGGAUGUGAUUUGGUCUUGAAUAUAUCCACGUGUUUAUAUUAUGGUAUCAGAUUAUGACAGGAUUCUCUUACCUGUGAGGAGUACUUGUUUCUCCAUGAAUUGGGAAUGUUAAUAUUUUGAAUUACAAAUAUCCCAAGUUAUGAAAAGAAUCUACCUAAGCAAGACAAAUUCUCUUCUACAUUUUUAUUAAAAAAUUUAAAAAGUGUUUGAAGAGGGAAACCCUCUGAUUGUUUGUAUGCAUAAGUGCCUAGCUGAAGAACCACCAAAAGAAUAAAUCCAGAGCACUUAUAUAAGUAAACCCAUAACUGGUGGAACAUUAAUCAGAUACAAAGCAGUAAUAACCUAUAUUACUUUUGAGUUUCUGAAACUGAAUACCUUAAAAACCAAAAGAUGUGAUUGAGAAACCAAAUGUCUAAUUGAUAAGGAAAUUAUUUUUUAUUCCAUUUACUUAUGUCUCCUAAGAUUGUUUUCACAAUAGCCCGUCAGAACUUAAUACAAAACACUAACAACAUACAUUUUUUUUAAUGAUACACUUAAGUCUAAAGUACUUUGUAUACUUUAUUGAAUGGUUCACUUAAAUUUGCUGUCUUUCUUUAUACAUUUAAAGUAUACUUCCCUUUAGAAUUCUUCCAGUUUAAAUGGAUAUCUUUCAAUUUCUGAACUUUUUUUCCCUAAGCAUUCCAGUGGUGCAUUAUAGAAGAUCAAAAGAUUUCUAGGAGGAAAUACAAUUUUCAUUAAAUCACAAACAAGUUUCUUGUUAGGUUUAACAUUAGUAGUAGUAUUUUUGCAGCUGAUCAUAGAAAAGAAUACUGAAUAAUUGUUUUCUAAGAUUUUUUUCAAAUGAUCUGCCAGUUUGAUCCAGUUUCUUUUCCCCAUAUUUUUAAAUAUAAGAAAAUGGUUCCUUCUAUUUAAUUUUUUUCUUCCAACAUAAUACUUAGGAAAAAUGUGAAUUACAUUGCAAAUAGUUGAAGACAUGCAAAAAGAAACCGUAUUCAUUUCAUUGUUGCCGAGGUUAGGUAUUACAAGGUAUCUUGGAAUUUGUUUUAUCCUAUUACUUUCUUCAAAAGGAGCAUGACUUUUUCUUAAAUACAUGUCAAUUCAGAAUUGCUUGGAAAAGAUUGUCCUGGAUAGGAAGAUAGACAUCCUAAAUUUGAGAUAGUACCACCUUAAAUGCUUGUUCAAAGGUAAAAAUAAGUCACUUAAAAAUACUCAAUGUUCCUUGUAAGAAUGUUUGUUUUACCUUUUCUUCCUCCGUCAACUGGCCAUUGGUCAAUGUCCUUAUUUCAGUAGAAAAUUACUUUACAACACUAGGAAAUUUUUACUUUCAAAACUACAUUAUAGUGAAUUACUGUUUACAAAAUACGCAUACUGUGAACAGAUACAAGUUGUUGUCUUUUAUAAGGUUUGUAGAAUGAGUGUUUUUUUUUUAAAGGUGGUGUUAUGUUAAAUAUUUUUAGUUUUUUAUAAAUACUAGUAACUGUUUGCUAACUUUUGUUUGGUCAGGUGUGUAUAAAUGUAGAUGAAAGAAGACAGAAACUGCAGAUCCAAAACUCUUCCCUUUUUCAUUUCUUGAAAUGUUACCACUAAGGACAUUUUCUUUUUAACAAAUGAUUAGUUGUGAUACGCCCUACCUAAAAUCAUGUGUAAUCAUAUAAGGAAACAUUUAAAUGUAUGUAAACUAUAGGUCUAAGUGGAUCUGAACAAUUCACUCUGACUUGGAAUUCUUGAGUUUAGUAUGAAAUAAAACAAUUCCACUUAAGAGAGAUGACAGCUGAAGUAUUUCUUACCUUGUGGAAAUGUGGAUAUUGUGUUGCUCAUAGAAUGGGAAAUUCGGACACUUUAUAUCAUCAUAUAAUUUCAGAAUUUAGUUUCCAUAUCUUUUGGAAAACAUGGUUAUAGUAAGAACAUAGACUAUAAGGGAACUAUUACUAAGACACCAUAAAUAUAAAACUAGUAUGCUUGGCUGUUAACUCUAAAGAUGUUACUUAUGUCUGUUUUUAAAACAUGCAUGUAUUUAACAAUUUUAUCAUAGUAUUGUCAUGGAAAAAAUAAAUAUAUUUUCUUACAUCUUAU